GCGAUCUCGCGGACUUCCAUCUCCAUUGCCACUAGCACUGGUCCAACAGAUGCAGAUGCAGUGGAUCCACCUCCAUUCUGCCAGUGCUGCCAGGUCGCCUGCCACCGGUUCCGCCAAGCCAAACCAUGCAGCUUCUGCCACGCACUCGUGUGUCAAUUCUGCUCAUGUGGUAAUCAGCCCCACGUUCUGUGUAAGAGCUGCCAGCCUCAAGUGCGUGGUGCCCAGCCCACCUUCUCAUUCCGGCAACUACUAUGGCGCUUCAAGAUGCUGCCGUUCGGCUGUCAUGGUGAGAAGUGGCUCUUCCUGGUGCGCAAACGCCAGUCCUUCGUGGUACCCACAGACAUCACGGGAGACGACUACCAGUGGCUUGUGCACAAUCUAUCUAAGCAGCGUCGAUUACAAGGGACACGAUUAGAGCAGAAACGGACUCUUGACAGGGAUGUUGAUCGCACGUUCCACCAGCUACAGAUACGGAUGGUUAACUCCAGGCUGUCAAGUUUUCUCUCUAAGCACCAGUAUUCAUCUUCGGACAUCAAGACUUGGAGAUCCAGCACACAUCAGUUGCUGAGUGUGUUCCUAAUGCUUAAGCCGCAGAUUGGAUACUGCCAGGGUAUGACGUCUGUGGCGGCGGUACUUGUGCAAGAGUCCAAGAUGAACAGCGAGAUCGCGUUUCGUUUGUUCCUGGCUCUCUCGGAAAAGUACAGACUGGACGACGUUUAUCGUCCCGACAUGAAGGAUGUGAACCUUCGCUACUUUCAGCUUGACGAAGCACUGCGACUGCAUCUUCCACGUCUGCAUGCUCACAUGUCAGAUCGGGAUAUCCACCCUUCGACCUACGCAUCGUGGUGA